AUGAAGGCCCUGUUCCUGAUCAUCACUCUCGGCCUGCUUGCUGCCCUGGAGGCACAGGACCCCCUGUCCUUCCCCUUGGAGACACAGGAUAUCACAGGGACAUGGUAUGUGAACGCCAUAGUGGCCGACAAUGACCUGCCUAAGGAGAGGAGGCCCAGGAAGGUGUCCCCUGUGACAGUGACAGCCCUGGACGGUGGGGACCUGGAGAUAAUGUUCACUUUCCUGAAACAGGGUCAGUGCCAUGAGAAGAGAGAGGUGAUGCGGCCAACUGAGGAGCCCGGCAAAUACAUCACCAAUGAGGGCAGGAAGCAUGUGUACAUCUUUGAGCUGCCAGUGGAGGACCACUACGUCUUUUACUGCGAGGCCCAGCACCACGGCAAACGGUUCAGAGCAGGGAAACUCUUAGGUAGGAAUCCCGACGUGAACCAGGAAGCCCUGGAUGCUUUUAAGAAGUUCACGCAGCGCGAGGGAUUACCCCAGGAGGACAUCUUCACUCCUGCACUGAUGGGUAAGGGGGCGGCCCUGCUGUGUCCCCGUGUCCCUCCCUGUGUCCUCUCCUCUUUCUCCACGCAGCCCAUGACCCUCCUGCCCCUUCCCCGGCGCCUGCGUGGGGAGACACCUGUGCUGUGA